AUGAAGUCGUCGCUGAGGAGCCGGCAGGAGCCGCGGCGGGUCAGCAACGGCGUCAUCAUCGGCGCCAUGCUGCUGUCCCUCUGCGUCCUCAGCAUCGUCAAGGCCAGAUACUGCGCCACCCCCUUCGGCAAGGCCGAGGACCAGCUCCAGGAGCAGAUGAACUCCAGCAUCCGGAUGGAGCCGGAGGAGUCCUCGCCGGCCAGGACACCCGGAGAGGAGGAGCCAGAAGAGGAAGAAGAAGAUGGGGCGUCGGCCACCACCUCCGCCUCCGCCGCCACCACGACGCCUGCGGUGAUGAAGACGACGCCGACGGCCGUCCCGACCACCGGUGGCAAGGGCAAGCCGAGGGCCAAGCCGACGUGCUACAUGACGAGCAAGCGCUCGGAGCGGUGCGAUGCGUCAGGUGACAUCCGAGUGGACGGGAACCGCUCCGCCAUCUACGUCAGCGGGAUAGACCGGGAGUGGAAGACCAAGCCGUACGCGCGGUACCACGACCCCGUCGCCAUGGCCCACGUCCGCGAGUACACCCUCAAGCCGCUCCCGGCGGCGCCGGCGCCGGCGUGCACCAGGAACCACUCCGUUCCUGGCUUCCUCUUCUCCAACGGCGGCUUCUCGGGCAACCUGUACCACGACUACACCGACGUGCUGGUGCCGCUGUUCAUCAGCACGCACCAGUUCCGUGGCCGCGUGCAGUUCCUGCUCAGCGGGAUGAAGCCGUGGUGGGUGGGCAAGUUCACCCCCUUCUUCCGGCAGCUCACCAAGUACGACGUCAUCGACGUGGACAACGACCAGGAGGUGCACUGCUUCCCCCGGAUCGUGGUCGGCGCCACCUUCCACAAGGACAUGGGCGUGGACCCUCGCCGGUCGCCGGGCCACGUCUCCGUGGUGGACUUCAAGCGCGCGCUGCGCCGCGCGUUCGGUCUGGAGCGCGAGGCGGCGUCCCGCGGCGGCGUCACGGGCCACGGCAAGCCACGCCUCCUCAUCAUCUCCCGCCGUGGCUCCCGGCGGUUCCUGAACGAGCGGGAGAUGGCGCGGGCCGCCGCCGACGCCGGGUUCGAGGUGCGGCUGGCGGAGCCCGACCAGCACACGGACAUGGCCACGUUCGCGGCGCUGGUGAACUCGGCGGACGUGAUGGUGGGCGUGCACGGCGCCGGGCUCACCAACAUGGUGUUCCUGCCCCGCGGCGCCGUGCUCAUCCAGGUGGUGCCGUUCGGCGGGCUGGAGUGGCUCACGAGCGUCACGUUCAAGGACCCCGCCGCGGACAUGGAGGUGAGCUACAUGGACUACAACGUGAAGCUGGAGGAGAGCUCGCUGAUCGACCAGUACCCGAGGAACCACCAGGUGCUCACCGACCCCUACGCCGUGCACAAGCAGGGCUGGGACGCGCUCAAGACGGCCUACCUGGACAAGCAGAACAUCCGGAUGGAUCUGGACAGGUUCAGGGCCACGCUGCGGGAGGCGAUGAACCGGUUGCCGGCUCCGUGA